UGUAAAUGUGGUUUGGCAGUAGCGGUUCGGCACUAUGCAAGGUGCGGUCUGGUAGUAGGGCUCAGGUAACGUAUAAAGUGAGUUCAGACAGUAGGGCUCUGGAACUUUGUAAAAUGCGGUCCGAUAAUAGAAAGCUACACUCCCUCUCUCACAACACCAUCGUGUCCUCUCCACCUCGGAACACUGGCCGUAAGGGGCAUCCCCUUAGGCCUUUGCCACAUUAUGAGAAUUAGGGCUUUUCUCUCUCCCCCAGCAUCCUUCCAGGCCUGCAAAUUCCCCUUGAACUCGAAACCCCCCUUUUCUCUUUCCUUCAUGUCCACUCGCACGAUCAACGAUGUCCUGAUGGCUGGUGCACGCGCAGCCAAGGACAAGAAAGGUCGACCUCCAUUAAAGCACACAGCUAUUGAAAACGCCAAAAAGGAAGUGGCCUCAAAAGAACAAGAACCCUCUGUGGAAACUGAAGAAUUCAAUUUAGAUGACAAAAUUUCAGAGCUCUUAAAGAAAGCCAUUGAUUUCAAGCCAGAGAGAGCUGCUUUUUGGAAGAGUGGAGAGAGAGUCCCUUUUAUUUUACUUGCCCGGGCUCUCGAUUUGAUAGCGAAUGAGUCAGGGAGAAUCGCCAUUACUGAGAUUCUUUGCAAUGUUUUUAGAACUGUGAUUGCUACGACCCCUGAUGACCUAAUUCAUGUGGUUUAUUUGGCUGCUAACAAGAUUGCUCCUGCUCAUGAAGGAGUGGAGCUUGGAAUUGGAGAUGCUUCCAUCAUCAAGGCUCUUGCUCUGUCUUAUGGGAUGAAGGAUGAGACAGUCAAGAAACAGUUCAAUAAAUUGGGUGAUUUAGGCCUUGUUGCGAAGUCAAAUCGGUCAACCCAACGAUUGAUGGUGAAGGUCACUCCACUUACAGUGGUCAAGGUUUUGGAGAAAUUUCGUAUCAUUGCCAAGCAAUCGGGUAAGCGAAGCCAAGAUGCGAAGCAAGGGACAAUUCAAGAACUUCUUGUGUGUGCAACUGAUUGUGAACCCCAAUAUUUGGUCCGCUUACUCCAGACGAAGAUGCGUAUUGGAUUGGCUGAGCAGACAGUAUUAGUAGCACUGGGACAUGCAAUGGUAUAUUCUGAAGUUCCACCAGUUCCAUCCUCACAAAUCCAGUCUCGGCUUGAGGAGGCCUCGAAAAUAGUUAAACAAGUCUACUCUGUGGCUCCGAUAUAUGACAAAAUUGUGUCUGCUCUUCUUUCUGCUGGUGUUAGGAAGCUCUCAGAUACAUGUUGCUUUACUUUGGGUGUACCUGUUGGGCCAAUGUUAGCAAAGCCAACAAAAGGUGUAUCAGAGAUCUUAGAUAAGUUCCAGGAUACUGAAUUUACUUGUGAAUACAAGUAUGAUGGUGAACGUGCCCAGAUACAUUACUUGGACAAUGGGUCUGUUGAGAUAUACAGCAGGAAUGCUGAGAGAAAUACUGGAAAGUUCCCAGAUGUCGUCGAUUCGGUCUCAAGAUUCAAGAAGCCUUCUGUUACAUCUUUUGUGCUGGAUUGCGAAGUUGUUGCUUAUGAUCGUCAGAAGCAGAAGAUUUUGCCGUUUCAGGUUCUCAGCGGUCGUGCUCGAAAAGGUGUUACUUUGAGUGAAAUAAAAGUUUCAGUUUGCAUUUUUUCUUUUGAUAUUUUGUAUCUCAAUGGACGGCAACUCCUUCAGGAACAACUUAAAGUUCGUAGAGAGCUUUUGUAUGAUUCAUUUCAAGAAGUUGAGGGUGAAUUUCAGUUUGCAACUGCAAUAACAUCAGAUGAUCUGGAAGAAAUACAAAAGUUUCUUGAUAAUGCUAUCAACCAGAGUUGUGAAGGAUUGAUCAUCAAGACAUUAGAUAGAGAUGCAACAUAUGAGCCGGCAAAGAGGUCUAAUAACUGGCUGAAAUUGAAGAAGGAUUAUAUGGACAGUGUUGGGGAUUCUCUUGAUUUGGUUCCAAUUGCUGCAUUUCAUGGUCGAGGAAAACGUACAGGAGUUUAUGGUGCAUUCCUUCUCGCGUGCUAUGAUGAGCACAAUGAAGAGUAUCAGAGCAUAUGCAAAAUUGGCACUGGAUUUUCUGAAGCAAUGCUCGAAGAGCGCUCUGCCAGCCUUCGUGAUAAAGUUAUUUCUGCACCGAAGUCUUACUAUCGAUAUGGGGAUACAUUGAAUCCAGAUGUAUGGUUCGAACCAGCUGAGGUGUGGGAGGUCAAAGCUGCAGAUUUGAGUAUUAGCCCUGUCCACCGUGCAGCCAGUGGUGUAAUAGACCCAAACAAGGGCAUAUCUCUUCGAUUCCCCCGUCUUUUACGGGUUCGUGAAGACAAGAAUCCUGAUCAAGCCACAUGUUCUGAGCAGGUUGGUGAAAUGUACCUCGCUCAAAAAAUUAACCAUUCAGGGAACCAAGAUGAGGAUGAAGAUUGAAAGCGCAGAAUUCACAAACCUAACAUUACAACCAUUUGGUUGGAUGUCAUGUUUGUGUUUCAAUUUGUUAUGUAAUUUCAUUGACCAUAUUUACAUUACAACUUGCAAAUUUUGUGGGGGUGAAGUAUUGGGCUUCCUCUUUUAAUGUAGGAAAAAGUUUAUAUAA